CGAUAUCUAGGAAACCACGGAAAUCAACAUGCGCAGUCACAACUUCACGAUGCGCAUCUCUGCAGCGGUGAAAUUGAUUACUGGAAGACUUCGGCCUCCGAUAAUUUAAAUCUCACGGUGCAAGCGGAGAGGAACUCCGUGCAUUGGAAUUUACUGGAUAUAGUCUGGAUCUGGGUCUGUCAAUGUAAAUAGAGGAAGGGUAUCGUUUCCUUUCAUAGUGUUUUGUUUAAUUUUAUUGAGAGCGGCAAAGCUAAAGCCACGGACUAUAUUAAGACACGUACCCGGCAGAAGAGAAGCAGAAACGGGCUGCAGCAGACCACAAAAUUCGGGGACCGGAGUUCUUGAAAAGUAAACAUUUCUAACGAGAUACAGUCUUGCUUUCUUCUCUCUUUUGUUUUGUCAGCUCAGUUGAGGUCAGUGAUUAUGGAGGCUCCUCCUGUCGCUGUGAUGCCUGUCACAGGUGGCAGUAUUCACAUGAUGGAGUACCUGCUGCAAGGCAGCGUGCUCGACCAGGCUUUAGAGAGCCUGCUCCACCGCCUGCGUGGUCUGUGUGACAACAUGGAGCCGGAGAGCUUCGUGGAUCAUGAGAUGGUGUUCCUUCUGAAAGGCCAGCAGGGCAGCCCCUUCAUCCUCCGAGCUAGGCACUCCCUGGACCGGCCUGCUGCCCCCUGGCACCUGCGCUACCUGGGUCAGCCCGAGGUGGGAGACAAGAGCCGCCACGCGCUGGUCCGCAACUGCGUGGACGUGUCAGCCUCCCACAGCCUCCACGACUUCCUACUGGAGAUGGGCUUCCGAAUGGACCACGAGUUUGUGGCCAAGGGGCACAUCUUCCGGAAGGGGGCCCUGAAAGUGGUGGUGUUUAAGCUGUUUCGAAUCCUCCUGCCGGGCAACACUGAGAACACGGAGCCCCUGUCCCUCUCCAACCUCGUGGAGCUCAGUGUCUUAGCCCCUGCUGGCCAGGACACCGUGUCUGAUGACAUGAGGAACUUUGCAGAGCAGCUCAAACCCCUGGUCCACCUGGACAAGAUCGACCCCAAGAGGCUGAUGUAGACACCUGCAGCUUUGGGGCGCUUGCAACAGAGGGUCACCAUUUAGUGAGUGCGAAAUUACAUUGGAUACGAUGAGGGGUAUUUGUAAGAUGUUUCCGUAUGUAAUGUUCAUGAGGUGGAUGAUCACCUUAUUAAGCAGAUAAGAAAAUCAGGUUUUCACGCAAGCAACAUGCAGUAUCAAAUACAAACUGCAGGAUUUAUCUUCUGAACUCCCUAAGUGUAAUAUUUGAAAUCCAAAAGAAAAUUGCUAAUUUAAUAAAAAGAAAAUACGUAGAGGUGUACCCUUUCAGGUAAUUUCAUGUUUAGAUCUUGUAGCCCAGCGUUCAAUUAAUUACAUUUAAAAUAAUACCUACCUUUCCCUUUUGAGAUCUAUAAUACAUAUUGGGAACUAAAAUAAUUUCUAUUUGAAAUGUAUUUAGAUAAUUAACACUAUUAUGUUGAUACCCCAUGCAAAGAAAACAAAUUACCCUUGAAAAAAAAGAAAUUCAGCACAGAAGAGUGUAAACUUCGAUUUGUUGAUGGGGUACAUGUUUGUCCCAGCAAUAAAAUAUUAGAAAGAAAUCAUGAUUUUAGUCUCUGUAUUGUAUUGAGGUAUAAUAGGAAAGACGAAAAGAGUCUUCUCAUCAUUAACAUUUGGCCAAAACAUCUUAUGAAUAUAACUUUAUCAUAUCUAACUUGUUACAGUUGACCCUGUCCAGCAAUAAGCAGGAAGCGUGCCAAACAGAUGAUACUGGUAAUUGGUUUAACUGAUUGGAACAAGUAGAAUAAGUUAGACCGAUAAUGAGGACUAAUCUACAGCUAUAGCCAAAAGUUUUAACUAAUUUUGCUUCAUAAAAUUGAAUGAAACCUACUGAAUAAUGUUAGGUUCAUAUAUUAAAUUACAUACAGCUUUGAGUUUUCCACAUGCUUAAUGAAAAAAUGACAAAAUAAAAAAAGUCAUAUUUUGAAGUCUACUAUUAUGGCUUCCAGUAGCCUUUUGCAAUAUCAUUUUGUAGUUUCUUUGAUUACAAAUCCUAAAAUUCUAGGUAAUGCAACCUAUACUUUGUCAGUAUGAUGCAUGUCUCUGCAAAAUAUUUUAAGCAGGAAAUGCUUUGGACGAGCAAGCGUAGUAAGAUAGUCGUGUCGUUCACAGUACUAAGUUAAUCCACAUGAACAGGACCACCACGAAUCUGAUUUGAUACGCUGCAAUCAGGAUCUUGUUUAGUCUGGUUUAGCUGCAGCUGACUCUUAAUAUCUGUGUAAAUGUGUUUUUGAUUAAAUAUUUUAUUUUCCUACCA